AUGAAGUAUUUUGUCUCAAAAGAAGUUAAAUUGGUGACAAAAGAAGAAAUCUUUAACGGGGCGUGCACAAAAGAUGGAGAAAAGGCGGGAAUACAGGUGGCAAAGAAUAGCUUUGAAUCGGGGAAGGAGAUCAGCGAUAUCUUGCAGAAGAAUGGCACUCACUCGCACAUACUGGCAGACUCGGAUAGAUGCUGCAUUGACUGGGUGGCUGUCUCGCACGCACAGCCAGACUUCAUAAUAAAGCGCUCUUUCUCCUGCCCCCUGCUGAACACCACAAGAAGCAGAAAGAUAGCACACACGUAUCCUGUAUAUCAGUACAUUCCAGAGCCAACUCUUCAGCUUAAUAGCACAGAGAGCACUAAUCAGUGCUCUAGCAGUACUACAGAUGCUCUAAGUAGCUGUACUGUAUAUUUAGCCGUAGAUGUACUAUAUACAAGCCAGUACGCAGAAAUAAAAGAGCAUCUUGAGAGCAUCACACAGACUGCCAUAAAAGACUGGAGCUACCAAGAGAAAGUAGAAGAGAACCAUGCAAUCUUAGUUCUCUCGGAUAAUGAAGGAUUUAUAUCGUAUUUUACAGAAAACUACAGCUGCAUACUGCUUGGAAGAGAAACUCUGCAGAGCAGAGACAAGACCAUGAAGCAAAUAGAAAAUGAAGUGUGCAUGGAACAGAAAAGAGCAAAAAUGCUGAUAUCAAAGAUGGCUCUCGCUGACACUUUGAAGCGUGCUGAGCGGAUAGGCGUGGUUUUUACGUCAGCUGAUCACAUGGAUCUUAUCGAUGUGAUAUCGAAGUAUCUUGACAUGAACAACAAAAAGUUCUACCAGUUCUACAUCAACGGGCUGAAGCCAAACAAGCUCGGCAACUUUGUAGGCAUAGAUGCAUUUGUCGUAAUACAGUGCCCGUUCUCCAGUUUUAGAUUUGAAGAGAACAUUAUAGCGCUGAGACCGUACGAUCUACUGCUGGCCUUUAGAAGCGAGUGGAGCGGCGAAUACUCCACAAACUUGGAAGUAGCAAUGGAGGAAAUCACAAAAGAAAUUGCAAAGGAGCAGAAUAAAGAAGAGCUGGGAGAAGAGCAGACAAGCAUGCUCCAGAUAAAAAGCAGCAUAAACACGCUGAGACUCGCAAAGAACGAAGUGUGCACUCGAGAGCAGGCACAGAGAUACUUCCAAACGGGAGAAUACAUGAAAAGCGUAUCAGGAAUAAUGAUAGAAGAAAAUGUAAAAGAGAAUGCAAACGAUGAACUCGUGCAGGGCUAUUCAGGGAUUCCCACAGAGUACACAAAGAAGUAG